AUGUCCUUCGGAAUCUCCGUCGGCGAAUCCAUCGCGGCCGAACAUCAAGAGCUCCUCUUCGAGCUGAACGGACUACAGCGUGCGCUUGAUGAGAUUGCACAUCUGCAAGCUGAUCCCCAGCAAGAGACUGAAGUGAAUGCUGUCAAAGUCCCUGCUCUUACGACACAUCAUCGGUUGGAUGAUUUGGCAGGGAAGUUGAGGAGGUACGAGAGUGUCCAAAUUAUGGCGGCUUAA